CAAACCAUUGCCUCAAGAAAUACCACAAGUCACAUUCCAGCUCUAUACAAUGCUCAUCGUACACCAUCUGAAUGAUUCGCGCUCCCAGCGAGUCUUAUGGCUGCUGGAAGAGCUUGAUAUAGCAUACGAGAUUAAGAAAUACCAACGCACUCCCCAACAACUCGCUCCAGAGGAGCUCAAGGCCGUAAACCCCUUGGGAACAGCGCCCGUCAUCACCGAUGGUUCUGUAACACUUGCAGAAAGCGGUGCGGUGAUAGAAUACAUCAUACGCAAGUACGCAAACGGGAAGGCACAGCCGCCGGAGAGUGGCGAAGUAGAUGACCUGUAUUAUACGCACUAUACGGAAGGAUCGUUGAUGCCUCUCGUUGUCAAUCGACUCGUUCUGGGCCUCGUCGUUGACAAAGCACCCUUUUUCAUUCGCCCCUUGAUCAGCUUGUUGGUGUCUCAGAUUCUCAGCAGAGUGCUUGAUCCGCGACUCAAACUUCAUGCUGCACUAAUCGAAACUCAUCUAUCCAGGUCUUCAACUGGUUGGUUCGCAGGAGGCGAUGAACCGACAUCGGCAGACUACAUGAUUAUAUUUGCACUGGAAGCGUGGUCAGGACUAUGUCCCGAUAUGCUAGGCAGCAACACGAAGGCCUUCAUUGAGAGAGUUCAUAAUCGGCCUGCUUAUAAAAGGAGCAUUGAGAAGGGAGGACCAUACGCAUUCGCCCGUCUAUGAUUGUUGUGUCACUAUUAUUGUGUUUAACAUAUAUCGAAACUGUCGUUCGUUAUUUCGAAGCUUUGAGCAUUAAUGCCAC